GCUAUUAUACCAAAGAAGAAAACGCUUGAACAUUGUAUGUUUGGAAUUUAUGUCCUGUGUCGGCUACCGGAGGAAGAAUGGCCGGCUGGAUGUGGUUUCGUUGCUUUUUGGGGCCUCAUCUCCAGAGAGUGCACCGUUCACAGGAGGAGUCCCGACCCGAAGGAAGAGCAGGCAGGAGGGGAUGGACUUAUCAACCCAAGAGCCUGGAGAAACACACUGACAGCAUCCUCGGAUGGGCGUCAGCUUUGUGGUCUCUGUCAUACUACAGCUCCCCUCUCCUCCUCUGCUACCUUUACAGAAAAGGGUACAUCUGCAGCAGUAAGCUGGUACCAGUCAGUCAGUAUGUGGGAACUGUAAUGGUUUGUCUGCUGGGAGUCGCCUUUCUGAGAGGUUGGGGACGGUGGAGGAACUCUGAGUAUCAACAGUUCAUCUCCAUUCUGGAGGAAACCAGGAAGAACCACACGCCUAGCAACAAGAAAAAGCUGGCCUGCUAUGAUUUUGACUUUUCUCACUGGCCGGCAGACUUCAGCUGGGAAGAAGUUAGCAAUCCGAAGCUGCUGUCCAAGGCAGGAGUGUCUCUACUGAAGCCAGAGCCCAAACUGAGAGGGGCAGCAGACAGCGUGUUCAACUCUUUACGCACUCUACCAUGCCACAUCGUCAGUUUUCUGAUUGCCCACUCAUUUGGGAGGAGGAUUCUGUACCCUGGGUCUGUAUACCUACUGCAAAGGGCUAUGAGACCCAUGCUACAACAGGGCCAGGCUAGACUUAUAGAAGAGUGUGAGGGCCAGAGGAACAAGCUGGUGGCAUGUGAUGGGAAUGAGAUUGAUACCAUGUUUGUGGACCGCAGGAGAGAAGAAGGACUGCACGGACAGACUCUGGUGAUCUGCUGUGAGGGGAAUGCAGGCUUCUAUGAGGUGGGCUGUAUGAACACUCCAUUGGAAGGUGGAUACUCAGUGCUUGGCUGGAACCACCCUGGCUUUGCAGGAAGCACGGGCGUACCGUUCCCCCAGAACGAGGCCAAUGCCAUGGAUGUAGUGAUCCAGUUUGCAGUGCACAAGCUGGGCUUCCAGCUCAGUGACAUAAUGGUGUAUGCCUGGUCCAUAGGGGGAUUCACAGCCAGUUGGGCUGUGAUGUCCUAUCCAGAGAUCCAAGCGCUGGUAUUGGACGCCUCCUUUGAUGACCUGCUUCCGCUGGCCCUCAAGGUCAUGCCCGACAGCUGGAGGCCUCUGGUGACACACACAGUCAGGCAGUACAUGAACCUCAACAGCGCAGAACAGCUCUGCAAGUACCAGGGACCAGUGCUUCUGAUCAGAAGAACCAAAGAUGAGAUCAUUACCACCACGGGUCCAGAAGACAUCAUGUCCAACAGAGGAAACAACCUCCUGCUCAAACUUCUGCAGUUCAGGUACCCCAAGGUGAUGACAGACGAUGGAGUCCGGGCCAUCAGAGCAUGGCUGGUAGCCUCCAACCACGUAGAAGAGGCAGCGGUGUACAGUAGCUAUGAGGUGGAUGAUGACUGGUGUGUGUCUGUACUGCAGUCGUAUAAGACGGAGAGAGACGUUUUCUUCCCCUGGAGCGUUGGUGAGGACAUGACACUGGAGGGAAGACGACAGCUGGCUCUCUUCCUGGCACGGAAGUACAUGCGGAACUUCGACUCAACUCACUGCACUCCUCUCCCUUACUCUGAAUUCGCUGCCCCUUGGGGACUGUAAGUGUUGACGGAUGGAUAGAAACGAGAAGCAAAGAUGCAGGCGACACCAACCAAUCAGAAGAGGUAUACAGAGCAUGGAUUGAAUGUGUAUCUAUGGGAGGUGUUCAAGGCAGCUACACCCAGACUGUAUUAGAACAUUGUGACCCUGCUCACCUGUGGGGGAAAUCAUCUGUUACCCCAUUGGCUCACAGCAAAAACUUGGCAUUUUGUCUACUUGUUUUAAUCAAUUACAAAACUAUAUGUCUAAAGAUUACUACUUAGAAAAACAAUUUUGCCUCAUGCCCCUUAUGACCGGAACAUCAAGCCAGUCAAGACCAACAACAAACGGACUGACGUUAAACAAUGCUUUCCACACACAUUAUUUCUGUUAAAAAAAAAGCUAUUUUCCAAUGGGAUGAAUGGUAAAGAAUAUUUGUUUUCACAAUUUCUGGGCGUGGUGUUAUAUGGCUAACAUACCACAGCUACGGGCUGUAACCAGGAACUCCGCAAGAACAGCCCUUAGCUGUGGUAUGUUGGCCAUAUACCACAACCCCCUGGGCCUUAUUGCUUAAAUAUACACUUGCCGUCUUCAAACUAGAUACUUUAUUGAAGGGAGUAUUUUAAAUAAGCACUGAUCUCUAGGUAGUUGGAUAAAAGGCUCCAUUCUAUUGCCUGACUACAUUACUAAAAGGAAUAAGGAGCUCGUUCCCUCCCUCUGGCUGCAUUUAAGUACACAAAUACAGCCAGGCCAUCCUCACGUUCUAAAGCGUGGCACUGUCAUUAUGAACAAAGCUGGGUCCUGUUAAAUAAAACGCUGGCAAAAUCA